AUGUCCGUACGUUAUCAAAAAUUUGUGCCGGAGAAACCCCAGAUCCAUCCUCUUUCCAUCAGCGUAGAUGAAGCCUUAUCGACGGAAUUGGAGAAACAACAACAGGGUUUCUUGAAAUGCACCGUUUGCUGCGGUAUCAUUGCCGCCGUGGUACUCAUCAUCGCGGUGGUGAUGAUAGUCCUCGGCUUCACAGUUCUCCACAUCAAAAACCCAAAACUCAGAAUGAAUUCAGUGGCGAUCAUCGGACUUGACCAGGUCAACUCAACAGAUUUACUCAACCGGAACGCUAAUCUGACUGUGGUGGCUGACGUCUCCAUGAAGAACACUAACGUGGAGAAAUUCAAGUUUGAAACUUUUAAUUCAAGUCUUGUCUAUCGUGAGACGGUGGUGGGAGUGGCAGAUGUUCCCGGAGGGGUGGUUGACGCUAGAAAGACGAUGAGACUGAAGGUGGUGUAUGAGAUGAUGAUGGCGAAGAUGGCCGGAGACCCACAGUUCGGAAGUGAUUUCACGGCGGGUAAGCUGAUGGUGCGAAGUUAUACAAGGGUUAAUGGUAGAGUUAAUAUAUUAAACAUUAUUAAGAGAAAAGUGACGGUUACUAUGAACUGUUCCAUCGCCAUUAACGUAACGAGCUGGGGUAUCGCCGAUCAAGAUUGCAAGAGCCAUGUCGAUAUAUAG